AUGGAGUCCUCAGUGAUAAAUUUGGGAUUGAAGUUUUCUCCAGUUGGUCGAAGACAAGUAAUUGCAGCUAUGUCGAAGAGAGUUGGAGUUACAUUCCAUAAGGAAAGUGGAAGUUGUUAUAGGUGUUAUCCCAAAAGUAUAUGGAGGUUAUUAACAUGGUUUGGCAAUAGCCAGGCCAACCUUCGACAAUUGGAUCAUAUCAAAGAUUUCCAUUUCCUUCCAAACUUGGGCUUUAUGUUUUUCUAUUUUUGCACGCCAGGAGAGAUAGUUUCCAGGCUCAGUCGAGAGCUUUACUUGGGUAUCAACUAUCAUAGUUGGUUCCACACCUACAACUUCAAUACUAGACUUGGAUUUCCUUCUACUAGCUAUGGGUGGUGGAAGAAAAUGGGACUAGCCUCAAAGCUAAGAUUCAGCAGGGAUAGACUAACUGAGUGCUUCUUUUGGGCUGUUGGGAUGACUUCUGAGUAUGAGUUUGGUGAUCUCUCCAAAAGUUUAACUAAAGUCAUUUCUUUAAUAACUACACUUGAUGACCUUUAUGAUGUGUAUGGUACCUUGGAUGAAUUGGAACUUUUCACAACAGCUGUAGAAAGUUGGGAUAUUAAAGCAGUUCACGUGCUGCCAGAGUACAUGAAGAUAGUUUUCUUAGCUCUCUACAACACUAUCAAUGAAUUAUCUUAUCAUGUACUUAAAGAUCAUGAACUAGAUGCCAUUCCCUACUUCACAAAAGCAUGGUCAGAUUUGUUAAAAUCAUUCUUACAAGAAGCAAAGUGGUGCAAGGAAGAAGAAUUGCCAAAAUUCAAUGAUUACAUGAACAAUGCAUGCGUGUCCUCUUCUGGUGUAGUUUUAUUGGUUCAUACAUAUUUCAUGCUAAAUCACAACAUAACAAAGCAAUCACUUGAGGCCUUGGACAAUUGUCAUGCCCUGUUGCGGAGUCCAUCUCUUAUUUUUCGUCUUUGCAAUGAUAUGGUUACUUAUAAGGCAGAAUUACAAAGAGGUGAAAAAGUGAAUUCAAUCAUGUGCUACAUGAAUGAAAAUGGUGUUAGUGAGGAGGUUGCUUAUGAGUACAUUCAAUGUUUGCUCAAUGAAACUUGGAAGAAAUUGAACAGAGAUACAGUCAUUGAUUCACCUUUCCUUAAAGAUUUUACUAAAAUAGCAAUAAACCUUGCUAGAACUGCUCAUUGUGUUUACCAGGAUGGAGAUGGGCAUGGAGUUCCAGAUGCCACAACAAAGAAUCGAAUAUGCUCUUUGAUAAUUGAACCCAUUUCCCUUAUGGAAAAUGAUACAUGA